AUGGCUGGUCACAUUAAGCCCCUCAUUCUGCACGCUCACUCAUCCGGUCCAAACCCGGUCAAGGUAGCUAUGGCGUUGGAGGCUCUUCACGUACCAUACGAAGUAAAGCAGUGGGAUUUUGGUGAUAACCCAACAAAUGGCGUGAAAGGUGCAACCUUUCUCAAAAUUAAUGAGAAUGGAAGAGUUCCUGCCAUUGAAGAUCCCAACACAGGGGUUACCGCGUGGGAAUCCGGCGCAUGCAUGAACUACAUUCGCCGCGUUUAUGACAAAGGGAACACGAUCGGCCCUUCCGGAGACUCUGCGCAAGAUUUGGUCGAUUUUGAGAAGUGGGAGUAUUUCUUGUUAUCGACCUUAGGUCCGAUGAUGGGACAGACGAACUGGUUCAAGUACGUGACAGAGGUGUGGAAAGUCCUGAACAGUGCUGAUGAAUACCUGUCUAGACACUUCAACGCCCAGAAGAACGAGAAUGCGCUUGAAAGAUACACAGCCCAGGCAUACCGAUGCUAUGAUGUUCUCGAGGGUCAGCUGAAGAAAAGUGGAGGGGAAAGCAUCAUUCCUGGUCGUAUAACCGCUGUUGAUUAUCACUUUGAGCCCUGGGUGCGCAGCUAUUCUUUCGCUGGUCUCUCGCUUGAUAAGUACCCGUUGAUCUUCAAAUGGCUUGGUCUCAUGAAUACUCGCGAAGAAGUCAAGGAGGCGUACUUCAGAAUCAGAGGUUAG